AUGGUCUUAGUUGAUUUAAUAUUCAAUUAUGAAGGUGCAUGGGUUACACAUCCUGAAGUUGGAUACAGAAAGAAUAAGCUGCACACUUGGUCAGGAUAUGAUCCAGACUUGCUUUCUUAUAUAGAUAUAGAAUCUGAAGUCAUAGUUGAGCUAGGGUUUUUAGGGGUUCAACAACUUAUAGUUGCUGGACCUUCUGGGAAAUUGUAUGAGGUUAAAGGGGAUGUGAGAAUUAGAAAGUUGACAUCCUUACUUUCUAAUGAAUAUAAUGUAGUGAACCUAUGUGAUGUGGAUGAAUCUUACCCUCUUAUUGAGUGUAUUCCCAAUAUUGUUGAUUAUAGUGAAUCAUUUCAGAUUUUAGAUGAAGCUGGUACUGACUGGGUUACUAUAAAGACAUUAGAGUCAGAACAUAAAGGUGGCACUGCAUAUGAUAAUAGUACUGUUGAUUUCAAUACCAUUGCACAUUACUUUAAGGGAAAGCUACAGGAUAAUCCUAAGUAUAAGUGCAAGAGGGCAAAAAUAAUGAUAUUGGAGACCUCAGAUGGGAGUUUUGCAGAUCAAUACAACAAACUUGAUGCUUAUGCCAUUGAAUUGAGGGAAAGUAAUCCAGGUAGUGAUGUAGUGAUUAACAUUUCAAAAAAUGCACUAGAAAAUGGGAAAAGAAGAUUCUUGAGGAUGUAUGUUUGUUUCAAAGCUAUGAAGAUGUGGUUCAAGUUAGGGUUAAGACCAUUUAUUGGUGUAGAUGGCACAUUUCUAAAAGGGAAAGCCAAAGGUCAAUUGCUAGUUGCUGUUGGACAGGAUGCACAAAGCUAUUUUUAUCCAUUGGCAUGGGCAGUUGUUGAUAAGGAAACAAAGCAGUCUUGGAACUGGUUCCUACAAUUUCUUCAGGGAUCUCUAGACCUUAAGGAAGGAGAAGGAAUCACCUUCAUGUCAGACAUGCAAAAGUAUCUACUUCUGUUUUUUUUCAUUCUGUUGUCAACUGAUUCUGUUCAGUAUCUACUUCUAUUUUUUUCUUUCUAUUGUCAACUGAUUCUGUCCAAAGACUUCAAAGACCAACUAAGAAAGCUAGGAGAGUUGAACAAAGAUGCAGCAGAGAGUUUAUUGAAGUACCCACCACAGUCUUGGUGCAGAGCUUAUCUAGAUACAGUUUGCAAGAAUCAGUCAGUUGACAACAAUUUGACUGAAUCAUUCAAUUCAUGGAUUCUGGAAGCAAGGCAAAAGCCAAUCAUUAAGAUGUUGGAAGACAUAAGACUCAAAGUUAUGAACAUGAUGACAAAACAUGAAGCUGAAGCUAGUACAUGGAGCAAUGAGUACAGUCCAAAGAGCCUAGAAUUAUACAAUGAAUUCAUGGAGAUUGCUCAAGUGUGUAAAGUUAAUUCCAAUGGAGAAGGAGGAUAUGAAGUUAGUGAAGGAGCUGACAAGCAUUGUGUCAACUUAAGCAUAAAGAAGUGCACAUGCAGGGCAUGGGACCUUACAGGAAUCCCAUGCCCUCAUGCUAUAAGAGCUAGUAUUACUUCACAACAGGGGUAA